CCUAAAUAGACCAAUCAUCUUCCUUGUUUAGUGUUGAGGCGAUCGAGUACGUCGAUAAUAGAGUAUCAACCUUCCCUGGGGUACAGGUCGCCGCUAGACAUGCCAAAUAAGACUAAGAAAGAAAAGACGACAACCAAGACAACGGGAAGUUCCAAAGCUGGCGGAAAAGAGGGUUCAGAGAAUGCGGAAAAUGAGGCAGCCAAAAAGAAAGCUCAGCAGAAUAACGAGACACAUCCACCUCCAGCCCAAAUAAACAAGAUCAAGUUCACAGGACCCCCUCAUGUCAAGAAGGACAAAAGACAAAACUCUUCACGAUUCAAUGUUUCAAAAAACAGAGAACUGCAGAAAUUGCCACCUCUCAAAGAGGCAACGCCGGCUGAGAGGGAGGAGCUGUUUGUGCAGAAGAUCCGCCAGUGUUGUGUGCUUUUUGACUUCGUGCAAGACCCACUGAGUGAUCUGAAAUGGAAGGAAGUGAAAAGGGCAGCUCUCAACGAGAUGGUGGAGUAUGUCACCCAGAACAGAGGUGUCAUCACAGAUGCCAUUUACCCAGAGGUUAUACACAUGGUGAGUAUUACAUUCAGAUCCUAGCGUUACCAUUGAUAACUUAAUACCAUGAUGUCAAGUGCAUGGUGUGUAAUACAUUCAGAUCCUAAUGAACCAAACUCUAGAGGACAGGAAGAUGAACCAACUCUAGAGGCAGCCUGGCCACACCUACAGCUGGUGUAUGAGUUUUUCCUCCGGUUUCUGGAGUCUCCAGAUUUUCAACCAAAUACAGCAAAGAGAUACAUAGAUCAGAAGUUUGUCCUGCAGCUUCUUGAUUUAUUUGAUAGUGAAGAUCCCAGGGAACGAGAUUUCUUGAAAACAAUAUUACACAGGAUAUACGGAAAGUUCCUGGGUUUGCGGGCAUACAUACGAAAACAAAUUAAUAACAUAUUUUAUAGGUUUAUUUAUGAAACAGAGCAUCAUAAUGGUAUUGCAGAAUUGUUAGAAAUCUUGGGAAGUAUAAUAAAUGGGUUUGCUCUUCCCCUGAAGGAAGAGCACAAAGUAUUCUUGCUGAAAGUAUUACUCCCUCUGCAUAAGGUGAAAUCUCUAAGUGUGUACCACCCUCAGCUGGCCUACUGUGUGGUGCAGUUCCUAGAGAAAGACCCCAGUCUCACAGAACCAGUUAUCAUGGGGCUGUUGAAAUUCUGGCCCAAAGUGCACAGUCCAAAAGAGGUGAUGUUUCUGAAUGAGCUCGAGGAGAUCCUUGAUGUGAUAGAACCAGCCGAGUUCACCAAGGUGAUGGGUCCUCUCUUCAAACAACUGGCCAAAUGUGUCUCAAGUCCACACUUCCAGGUUGCAGAGCGGGCUCUGUACUACUGGAAUAAUGAGUACAUCCUUAGUCUAAUCAGCGACAAUGUUAGUACCAUCCUCCCUGUAAUGUUCCCAGCUCUCUAUAAGACCAAACAACAUUGGAACAAGACAAUACACGGGUUGAUCUACAAUGCUCUGAAGCUCUUCAUGGAGAUGAACCAGAAACUGUUUGAUGACUGCACUCAGCAAUACAAGGCAGAGAGACAGAAGUGGGGAAAAGAGAAAAACAAACAAAGAGAAGAGGCGUGGACCAAAAUCCACACCCUGGCCAAGGACAAUCCACAGUUUAGAUCAUUAGGGAGUACCACACCGACGGAUAUGUCGGCCAACCCCGGUAACUCACCGGUACCCAACAACACGGCAGAGGAGGAGGGGGACAUGAACCUUACCAUGGAAAAAUUGGAAAACGAGGCUAAGGAGAUUACCAAGAAAAAACCAAAAGACAAGCCCCUUUUACGACGUAAAUCCGAAUUACCACAUGACAUGACUAUGAUUAAAGCAUUGGAGAGCCACACACGGUCAGAUGAAUAUCUGUCUAACACCUCCGAAAGCAAUUGACGACGAUGGACGAGCGUCUGCAGAGGCAGAGGAUAGCAGGGGAUUGGUGUUGCCUUAGACUAACCAGGGCGGGAGGGAGGGAGGGGAUUUGUGGCUUUACCCACCCCACCCUGUUACCCCGCUGACCAAAUAUAGAGAUGAAGAAAGCAUGCAGUUUGAGCAACUCUUAAUAUCUGCGACUGAAGUAGUGUAGAUAGAAAACACUGACAUUUUAUUGUACAUAGCCCUGAUUCAAUGAUACUGUUUUACUGUUUGUGUACAGGCAUAGAGUGUGCGCUAUCCACCACCAAUCUGCCUGUGUGGUAGCCCACACCGUUCUGCAACUAAUAACGUUCAAACUGCUUGCUUCCUUCCUCCUCCAAGCUUGUAGGUUGGCCAUUUCGGCUUCCAUAAUGAGGUUUGAAAGAGAGGCUGACAAUGAAUGGAAUAUUAGAUGUGUGACGAGGCACUUAAUGUAUUAUUUAUUUACUCUCUGAGAGGUGAGGACUGUGAGUUUGGUGCGAGUAUACCCGCAAGAGACAUAGGUAGUCAGAAUAUUAUUACUACCAUGUGUUUGACCUAUCAUUCGCGCAUAAGACAACCCACUUUCAAUCAGGUGGUAAAUCAUGUAACUAUUGAAUGCGUGUGUUUGUGACUAGUCCAUUAAUUCCACACUUUCACGAUAAUCAGCUCACUCACUUGUCACUCUUCAACUUUUGAUUGUGUGCGUGCAUGUCUGUGCGAGUGUGUGUAUUAUGUUCAAUCUCCACUUCCACUCUUUUCUUACCUGUUGGCUCAAUCCUAAUUUACGGCUCAUAAUUCCAGUCACUUGGUGACGUUUAUUUCUCAACAUGUGUGUUUGUUCUUCAUAAAUUAAGCUUCCAAUACUUCUUUCACAGAGUGACUUUUUUUUCCCCAAAGAAACAAAGCUGUGUGUAUGAAUAAUUCUUUUAUCUUUUUGUUUGUCCCAAAAAUGUUUUUUGAAGUCUCGUGAUUGUACAAUCAUGGGGUUUCUAUUUUGAGAGUUCUGACUGAAUCAUUUGUAAAGUGAAUAGCCCUCUUUGUAUACCUGAUAUACUCCAGAAUGAUGUACCUUGUAGCAGGUAAUUGCAUUAUAGAUGUAUUCCUUGCAGAUGCAUACGUUUUAUCUUGACUGUAAAGGAACCAAAAUUAUAGGAUAGAGAAGUGUAAAUUGUUGAUGAUUUAUCUUUGUAUACUAAUAUUUACUGUACUUUGUAUUAUAUAGGUUCUGUGCUUAAUAUGCAAACUGUGUCCACGCAUGAUCAAGAAGCAUGUUAUUUUCCACUGGUCCAGCCUUGUUGGAUUUUCUUCCUGAUAAACAGUGCGUGUAAGGCCCAUUUUGUCGAGAGCCUUGACUUUUGGGCUGAUCUUGAUAUUACUGGUUAAUUUCUGAUUGAGGAAGAACAUAUCAAUAUGAUGAAUGUAAUGAUUAUUUUAAAAAAAAUUCAGUUCUUUAUUUUUCUUGUCUGGUAACACAUGUUGAUGUGUCAGCGAGAUGUAUCAACAAGAAAUUCUCUGUUUCUGUUGUGCAGAUUGAUCUUAGCCCUAAGAUGAUCGUACGCCUCUGUAAAAGAAUGGGAGUUGUGAUCACUUCAGGGCUAAGAUGGCUUCGUGCACCAGGGCCCCGAGUGUUACAUGCUAAAGGAGGGCUUUGUACACAAUAAUUUUUCAAAUAAUUUUUAUUAAGCGUGUUUUGAAAAUACUAGAUUCAAAAAUGGUGCCUGUGAUCAUUGUACAGCCAGAGCAGCAUCUGGAAACUGCACUAAUCCGAAGAAAAUUCAACAUUGCCUGUGACCUGUUAAAUGCCCGGUUGAGAAAAAGUAAUAUUUUAGCUUGUUCGAAUGACUGGUAUGCAAGCUAGCGUAUGGGUGUGAGAGAAAUUAUGAGCAAUGCUCAUUGUUAUUGUUUCCGGCUUAUUGCAUUGAGCCGCAUGAGUGAUAUAUGUCAUUGUAUGUAGUGAUAUCAAAGUGGUCAUGAAAUUCUGUGAAGCCUUUUGAAGGCAUUUUUUAUUUGAAACAAUCCUUUUCUAACAUUUCACAAGGCAACCGAACAUCUGUGAUUAUCUUCUGGGUGUAAUGUUAGUGGAGGUCAUUGGGGCAUCAGUUUGUAGUGUGCUCCAGCAGCGGAAUGUAGAACCAUGAAGUCUCUUGUUGAAUGUAUAGGAUUCAUGCCAUGAACUAUGUUAAUAUCUCCUCAUCUCGGCAGGAGAUGUUAUUUUAUUCAGCAAGAAAGCUUUUAGAGGUAAGGAGUAAUACCAAUUUUAUAAUGAAGGUGUCCUUUUAUCUGCAUAUGAGUAUAAUAUGAAAACUUGAUAAUCACUUUGUUGAGACUAUAACAAUGUUCAAAUGUGGGACUUUUAAUGUAAUAAAUGCAUAUUUUUA